GAGUGGAGAGGAUUUUUUUUUCUCCAUCUCAGACACGUUGUAAUUAAAUCUGGCUAUUUCCCUGACCCCAGUUCCUGGGGUUGGUCUGGAUCCUGCACGACAGCUGAGCCUGGGCAGGCAAUAAAAGGGGAAAACGCCGCAGCUGGCAGUGGAACACUUGGGCCCUGCAGUUGAAAAAGCUGAGGACGUUGCAAUUUGGCCGGCUCUCGAAAUGGGAAGAUUUCCUUCCACACCCAUUCCCUGGACAUAUUUAGAAAUAGCUGUGCCACUGCCAAACCUCUCUGCUCGUGGCAGGGAAAGGCAGCAAAUCCAUCCUCGGUGUUUCACUGCCUCUGUCUCCCCGUGAACGUCAUCCCUGAGCAUCCUCCUGAUGCUCCCGGGCAUCCACAGCCUGUAUCCCAAAAUCCCAGGGUCCUUUAGGUUGGAAAAGACAUCCAGGAUAAUCAAGCCCAACCUGUGAUUUAUUCCCACCUUGUCCCCAGCCCAGAGCACUGAGUGCCACGUCCAGUCCCUCCCUGGACACCUCCAGGGAUGGGGAAUCCAAACCUCCCUGGGCAGCCCCUGCCAGUGCCUGACCACCCUCUCCAUAAAGAAAUUCCUCCUGAAUGCUGUUCUUGCUCCCCAAAUUCCCCCUGAGAUGCUCAUGUGCAUCUACCAGGACUCCAUGAUUUCAGCUCCAUGAUUUUAGGGAAAAUACUCCUUUAUGUACCAGCAGGGUGUGAAGGAAGAAAAGAAGGCUUAGGAGAUUUGCAGUGGCCAGGGAUGGCAGGAUUCUUGUCCUGUGCAGGGCCAGGAGUUGGACUUGAUGAUCCUUGUGGGUCCCUUCCAAUCAGGAUAUCCUAUCAUUCCACAAACUCCAGACAGCUUUGCCUCCUGGAAAGCAGCUGGCCCAGGGAAGCAGCUCCACGUGCCUGUCACAGAGCCCUGGGAACACUGCACAUCAUCCACCAAAGGGUUUCAGUUUUGCAAAGAAAAAAAACCAACAAAAACACACAACAAAAAAACCAACAAAAACCCCAAACCACAAGAAAAACCCCAAAAAACAACAAACAGUGGCUUUUUAUAGAAGUCUUUUUGGCAACGGAGGGCGUGGAAAUAUUGCGAAUAUUUCAGGAGUCAGAGGACGUUCUGUCCUGGAGCAGGGAGUGUUUGGAAAGGGGAAAAAAAAGGUAAGGUCACAUUUGGCACUGGGAUCAGACAGUGUCGCCUUCCCUGGGCUGGGCUGGCGUCCUGCCACUCCCAAAUGCCACUGUCACCAAAUGCCACUGCCACCUCAGCUCAGGUUGCAUUUGGUGGCUGGAGGCCGAGGCAGGGAAGGCUGGCUUCACCUUCCCAUCACUCGCUGGCUCUCGGGAACAUCCUGAUUUUUGGGACGAUGGAAGCAGCCCCUCACCCUCAUGGGACUCUGCAGCCUCAGCUCCACAAGCUCCCCAGGAUCAGAGCACCCUCACCCUGUGCAAGGAGGGGAGCUGGGGACUGGAGCCAGAUGGAAUGUGGGCAUGGAAAGUGCCACAGCUGGGCACAGGACGCUCCCCAGACUCGGUUUUCCAAAACAGGCUGGAGGGCAGCAGAGGUCCCAGAUCUUCACAGCCAGGGGAAGAGGAGAAGGAGAGGAGCUUUUCUGCUGUCACAGCAUCUCCUCUCACCCUGCAGCUCCAACAUAAGUUGUGUCCCCAGGAGAAGGAACAUUGCCGGGGCAGGAAACGCUGAGGCCUGGGAAAAAACUCUCACACUCGCAUCUUGCUGUUUGCUUUUCCUGUCCCACGUGCCCACAGAGCAGCAGCAGAGCCUGCCUGAAAUCCCUUGGAGCUCCUGGGAUACAUGGAAAAAAAUGCAGGCAGAAUGCUGGAAGGAAGCAGCUGCAAGGCUGGAAUCAAGUGAAGCCAUCCCAGAAUCCCAGAAUGGGUUUGGGUUGGAAGGGACCUUAAAGAUCAUCCAGUUCCCUGCCAUAGGCAAGGACCUUCCACUAUCCCAGGCUGCUCCAAGUCCCAUCCAGCCUGGCCUUGGACACUGCCAGGGAUCCAGGAGCAGCCACAGCUUCUCUGGGCACCCUGUGUCUCACUGCCCUCACAGCCAGGAAUUCCUUCCUAUUCAUGUAGGAAAAGAGGAUUUUUCCAUUUGUUGUUACGUCAGAUCACGUGUGAGCAUGUCCUGCCUCCCCAAAUCCCACUUUCAAUGAGGAUAUUCCCACCCACACCACUAAACUGCUGAGUGAGCCUCAUCAAAUUGCAGUUGGAUAUUUGAUGGGCAGAUUUCUGGAAUGAUGUCCCAGUGGGAUGAUGAGAGCAGGGAGGCACAAGGGGACAUCCCAUCCCAACCCUCGUGUCCUGCUUCCAGGCGGGAAGCACAAAUCCCUGUCACUCCGAAAAAAAAAAAAGAAAACAAGUGAAGUUUUACUUUCUCUUUCUCUGGUCUUUAAUUGCAGAUCAAAGCUGGCCCUUCAGGCUGGAGCUGCCUGCCAGCAGCUGCUCCUGGGCAGGAUUCCAGGCCGCCCUUUGGAUGAGGGCUGCCCAUCCCUGCACUGCCCGCUCCUCUGCUCAUGCGUGCCGGGGUCAAUCCGUGCCUUUAACCCCCCUGACUGGCUGCUGUGGGAAUCGAGGGGCUGCAAUCCAGCCACUGGGAAUGAGAGUGGG